AAUGAAUGUAUUGGUGACAUUGAACAAUAGGUAGAUUGGCAACAUAAAAUUCACAGAUCAGAGUGUUUGAGCAAAGUAUUUGUGUCAGCUGUGAGAAUGGGGAAGAGAUUAGGGAGAGGUGGAAGAAGGGAGGAGCUUCCCUCGCCGUCGAUGUUGACUCGUGCAGUGGACUCAGUAUUCGAUUUCGUGAGAUUAGCAGAGUUCGAGAUCCUCUUCGUCCUCUUCUUUCUUGUUGCUUUUCUCAUUUUCAAGGAUCUCACUUCAAGGCCAGAGUAUAAUCAGAUUUUAGUGAAGAAGCCAGAUUGGUGGCCUUAUUAGACUGCACCUGCAGGGUGUUUCCUUGUCUGCUUGAAGAGCAUGAGUUGCUCCGUACAUUCUUUUCUAAGAGUAUGUCUGGUUUUGAGAUUUCUAAUUCCUCCUUUUCUUCUGUUGUCUGAACUAGUUAUAUAUAUGGGAGAAGCAGAUUUUUUUUUGUUCUUGUGAGCUUUUUGUUUCUUUGAAAUAUGAAGAAUUAAUGGAAUGUAACUUGGUUUCCCUGUUUUGUCCCUUCAUUUCCUUUUGGGGUGGAAAUGGGUGACAUUUGAUAUUAUUAACAGCGAGUCAAAUUUGAAAU